AUGGACACGAGCUUGCUCGGCGCACUAGAUGAUGCGGAUCGUAGAGCUGGGAUUGGGCUGGCCGUCGUGGCGGGCGCCCGCAAACAUUCCCAAGCAAGCUUUGGCUGGCAUGUUCCAGCCUUUCAAGGCCAAUCAGACAUACGUAACGCAGGCCAUAUUGUUGGAUCGAUAAAAUCUGUGCUUUCGUCAGACGCCAUCCCAGUAAUCUUCUUUUCAUGCGAUAGGUUUAAGAGUAAGUCCCUGCCAUUCGCCGCGGCCGAGCCCUCCCUGCCGCCUCGAGGAAGCCAUUGGCCUCUCAGGAACCAGGAUGCAUCGUGGGCGUUCACUGCAGAGCGUGGUCCGCGCCAGCUGCAGAGAUUUCAACGGGAGAUAAUCUUGGAGGUAAAGGGGUCGUGUGAAAAGUUAGCAAACGCCGUUUCCACUUGA